GUGAGAUGGAGAGCCUGCGUAGGUAGAAAAAGGCAUUUAAGGGAAUAAUCGAGUUCCUCAAAGGAAAAAAAAGAAACUAUGUAUGGUGCUUGGUCUAAUCUUCUCUAGGACACCUUUACUAUUUGAUGGGUUUGUGUCCCAUACUUUAAAGCAGUGGGCUUGAAAUAGUUAAUAAGUAUUCCUGUUUUUUCUUUAUCUGGGUGGAAAUUCACUUCAAACUAUAACUAUGUAAAACUACAUAUGUGACUAUAUACCACUUUGUUCUUUGUUUCAAAUUUAGCUUUCAAAAAUUUUGGAUCUACCACCAGAAAAUUUAAUAAAGUCUAUAUCUGCAGUUCCCGUCUCCAAAAAACGAAGACCGUUCUAGUGAUCACUCAGCACAAGCUCUUCAGCUUCGAGCACAGAUGUUAGCGGAGAAGCUAAAACGUGAUGCUGUCGUGAGUGAAAUCAGCACUGGCCCAGGAACAGUAAACUUCACAAUAAACAGGGAAUUAUUAGCAAAGACUGUGUUGCAACAGGUGUUGAAAGAUGGCUCAGAAUAUGAAAUAAAAAGUGAACUCUUCUCUACAGUGCCUAGACAAAAGGCAGUGAUUGAGUUCAGCUCCCCUAAUAUUGCCAAAAAGUUUCACAUAGGACACUUGCGUUCCACAAUAAUAGGAAAUUUUAUAGCAAAUCUCAAAGUUGCGUUGGGACAUCAAGUAACGAGAAUAAAUUACCUUGGUGACUGGGGCAUGCAGUUUGGCUUACUGGGUGUUGGUUUCCAACAGUUUGGCGACAAAGAAAAGCUAAAAUCGAGUCCUUUACAACACCUUUUUGAGGUGUAUGUACAGAUUAAUAAAGCAGCAGAAGAUGAAAACACUAGAAAGCUGGCUAGCGAUUUCUUUAGAAAACUGGAAGAACAUGAUGAGGAGACAUUGUCACUUUGGAAACAAUUUAGAAGCUUCAGUAUUGAAGAAUACAUCCGGAUUUAUAAGCGAUUAGGAGUACACUUUGAUGAAUAUUCUGGUGAAUCAUUUUACCAAGAGAAGUCCCAGGAAGUUCUGAAGAUGUUGGAGGAAAAGGGACUCCUUCAGAAAACAAUGAAAGGCACAGGAAUUGUUGAUCUCUCAGAAAAGAGAGACCUCUCAUCAUUUUCCACUGUCAUGCGUAGUGAUGGGACAUCUCUGUAUAUAACAAGAGAUCUUGCCGCUGCUAUAGAUCGAAUGAAUAAACAUAACUGUGAUAGUAUGAUAUAUGUGACAGAUAAAAGUCAAAGUAAUCACUUUCAACAUUUGUUCCAAAUACUGAAGCUAAUGGGUUAUGACUGGGCAGAAAGGUGUCAGCAUGUGUCUUUUGGGUUAGUUCAAGGAAUGAAGACUCGGAGAGGAGAAGUUAUCUUCCUGGAAGAUGUUUUAGAUGAAGCUCGCUCAAGGAUGUUACAAAACAUGGCCUCUGCAAAAACAACCAAAGAGAUAGAAAACCCUGCAGACACAGCAGAGAAGAUCGGUCUUGCAGCACUAAUAAUUCAGGACUUCCAGGGCCUUCUGUCAUCUGAUUAUCAGUUUAGCUGGGAUCGAGCUCUUCAAAGUCGGGGAGAUACAGGAGUGUUCCUGCAGUACACACAUGCCAGGCUCCACAGUUUAGAGCAGAUGCAUGGGAAUGCAGAGUUGACUGCUGUUAAUGUAGCGUGCUUGCAAGAACCAGAAGCCAUCUCAGUUCUUCAGCAUCUUCUCAGGUACGAUGAGGUCCUGUAUAGAUCUUCUCAGGAUCUGCAACCUAAGCACAUUGUCAGCUACCUCCUCACACUUAGCCAUCUUGCAGCUGUGGCACAUAAAACCCUUCUUGUGAAAGGCAGCACCCCUGAACGGGCCCAGGCAAGGCUCUGCCUCUUUCAAGCUGCACGCCUGGUUCUAGCUAAUGGAAUGAAACUUCUCGGCAUUACACCUGUAACUCAAAUGUAAUAAAUCUGUAUGUGUUUACAUCGGUAAAGUCAAAUAUCUUAGUAA